AAUACAUAACAAUAUCUUUCAUUUUUUAGUCCCUCUAAUUCCACUGGAAUACCGGACUUUCUAUUUUCCUUACAAAGACAAUUCUUGAAAUUACGUAAGUACCCCCAAACUUAGCACUAGUAUUUCUAUAUAACCCAAACACUUUCACAGUCUUCUCACUCAUCUUCCUCACUCACUUCUAGUCAUCUAAAUGAAAUCUCAACAAAUGUACCAGCGAGCUCCAACAAUGGCCAUUGCCCCGACGAUGAUGCUUUAUCCGAACUACCCUUUUUUCAUGUCAGCUUUUGGCUCAGAUGAAAAUGAGUCUGGUGACCAGUUCGAUUUCAAUAUCAGCAGAGGGUUGCUUCUCAACCCUAAAGACAUCACGUGGGGAGAGAUGAUUGGAGAAGGAGGCAACUCCAUCGUCUACCAAGGCCUAUUCAAACACACUAUGCCUGUGGCGGUGAAGAUAGUGCAGCCGAGUAAAACAUCUGCUGUAAGCAUUCAGCACAAACAACAGUUUCAAAAGGAGGUUCUGUUACUAUCCUCGAUAAGACAUCGCAACAUUGUGAGGUUUCUUGGAGCUUGCAUAGAGCCACAAUUGAUGAUAGUUACCGAACUUGUAAGAGGUGGUACUCUUCAGAGGUUCAUGUUGAACUCUCGUCCGAGUCCUCUAGAUCUAAAGACGUCACUAAGCUUUGCUUUGGACAUUUCUCGAGCCAUGGAGUUUUUGCACUCAAAAGGCAUCAUCCACCGUGACCUAAAUCCAAGGAAUGUUUUGGUAACUGGUGAUAUGCAUCGUGUGAAGUUGGCUGAUUUUGGACUUGCAAGAGAAAAGACUGUAGGUGGCAUGACUUGUGAGGCGGGCACAUAUCGAUGGAUGGCCCCUGAGACACCAUUCCAUGGGAUGGAUAGCAUUUCUAUUCCCUAUUUUGUGAACCAGGGCAUGAGACCAAGCCUAGUUAAUAUUCCUGAUGAGGUCGUACCAAUUUUGGAAUCGUGUUGGGCCGAAGACUCAGAGAAUCGUCUUGAAUUCAAAGAGAUUACGUUCUUCUUGGAAAGCUUGCUAAAAAGACUCUGCUCAGAGAGUAGUAAUAAUGACAUAACGGUAACAGACGAUGAGGCUUAUGAUGAUGAGAUAGAGGAAUUGGAGACCACUUGGCUGCUUGGAAAGCGCUAUAUCAUGCUGAAGAAACCUAAGAAGAAGAAGGAGAAAGUGAUGAAGAGGAUACUUCCUUUCUUCAAGAAGUUCUUUUCUUCAAAGUGGUGAAAUGCAUAUGAUCACUUUUUGUGCUUACCCAUAGAAAGUUGGCAGAUUUAAGAAAAGAUUGUUUGUUUU